GCUCCGUUCCCCGAGGCGGUCCGCACGGGCCCGCGGGGCGGGCGCGAGGCGGCGGCGAUGGCGGCCGAGCUGGAGUCUUCCCUGGAGCUGAGCUUCACGGGCAGCGGCACGGUGCCGGGCGGCGGGCUGCCCCCCGCGCGCUCCCGCAUCUUCAAGAUCAUCGUCAUCGGCGACUCCAACGUGGGCAAGACGUGCCUCACCUACCGCUUCUGCGCCGGCCGUUUCCCGCAGCGCACCGAGGCCACCAUCGGCGUGGACUUCCGCGAGCGCGCCGUCACCAUCGACGGGGAGCGCAUCAAGAUCCAGCUGUGGGAUACGGCGGGCCAGGAGCGCUUCAGGAAGAGUAUGGUGCAGCACUAUUACAGGAACGUCCACGCCGUCGUGUUUGUGUACGAUAUGACCAACAUCGCCAGCUUUCACAGUCUGCCGUCGUGGAUAGAGGAAUGCAAACAACACCUCCUUGCCAGCGAUAUACCACGGAUUCUUGUUGGCAAUAAAUGCGACCUGCGAAAUGCUAUUCAGGUACCCACGGACUUGGCUCAGAAGUUUGCCGAUACGCACAGCAUGCCGUUAUUCGAAACCUCUGCCAAAAACCCCAAUGACAAUGACCACGUGGAGGCCAUAUUUAUGACGCUGGCUCACAAGCUUAAAAGUCACAAGCCAUUAAUGCUAAGCCAACCCCCAGAUCGCGAUCAAAUACACAUAAAGCCCGAACCGAAACCCGCCGUGACCUGCUGGUGUUAAGUGUCACUAUUUGUUGCUGCCACCUCGUGCCCUGUGCGAACGCUCCCUGGUUACGAUCUCGACGUAGAUCAAGGGUUUGGUAGCAAUUAUAGCGAAUCCCUUUGGCACUUUGCUGUGUCGUUUGUUUUUUUCCUGGUGUAGAUGUGCCCCUGUCAUUUUCUUGCGCUUCCUUAUUCCACUUUCUGAAUUACUGAAGUUCCACUAUAAAUAUGCAGGAAAGUAACCUUUCGGAUGCAGCGUUAACCACGCAAGUCUUGUCAAGCUCUGGCUCUCCGAGAUCGGUUUUGUCACUCGUGGCAGAGUAAAAGUAGUAAAACGGAGUUAAAGGAAGUAGUAAGAGGGUUUACUGAUGUGUUCGGUUGCUGCCUGCGUUGGCAUAACGUAGGAGGAGAAGCGUUUCGGGACAGCCGGGUGGCUCGACCAGCAGAUCGGCAGGUGGCGAGGUUUGUGACGUGCAAAGGAGUAUCGGAUGCCUGCUAGCAAACUGAGAAGCGAGGGCCUGUUCUUCCUCUUUAAGUAAGCAUUUUAAAAGCAGACUGGACCAUCAGACUAAGGUAGAGCCAUCGGCGCAAGUGCAAACCGUGGGCUUCGGUGCCCUGUCGUCGUACGGUAAACCGCUUCUCCGUGGCAGUGGUGGGAGAGUCGAGCGAGUCGUCCCUGCC